AUGCUCCGUACCUACAAUGCCAGGACUGUCUUCGCCAACGCAGACCCUCAUGCGCUUUUCGAAGGUGCAGGGCGCAUUAACUACCACGUGAUGACCUUGCAGGAAACAAAGUCCAGGAAGACGAACGUGAGGCAGCUGAGCGAUGGCACGCUCAUCAUUCGUGGUGAGGAAGUUCCAUCACGGAACGUUGGAGGUGUUGGAUCUGUCGCACACCUACCUGUUGUCCAUCUUGUUGAUUCGCAUGAGAUCCUAUCAUCUAGUCUGGCUAUCCUUCGACUCCGUCCUCUUAUCAAACACCAUUACUAUCAAUAA